AUGGCUUCUUCGUACUCGCCUUGGCCACUAGUCUUUCCGAGAGUCUCUUCUCUUCGACACCGCUUCCAUUCUCCCCGGCGACAUUGGGAAUACGGGGAAGCAGCCUCUCCUCCUAUCAGGUCCUACAACAAUAUGACUUCCAGGUGCGGAUCCUGCCCAAAGGAGUCACAGAAUAAGAAAUCGACUGGGAAGUUUGAGUUGUACCUGCCAGAGACCUGCAAGUUCUCGAUCAAUUCUUACCAGCUUGAGUAUGGGGUGACGGUCAGCGGCGUUGAUAAGCAGAUGGAGAAUGGCAAUCUGGAAGGCUUGAUGGUGGCUCAACUUCGUCGAGAUUGCCUCCAUAAGCUCCCCCCUCGACGGGCUUUACGAUAG